AGCGGCAGCCCACACCGCGGGGCCACCCCCGGGGCCCGCUGGGGGUGCUCCGAGGCCCAGCCGCACACGGGAAGCGCCGGCGGGGCAGACAAUGCCCACCGAGGCGCUGCCGUCGUCCAGAGUCUCCACGGCGCAGGCGAGGCAAAGCGGCGGGCGGAGCGGCAGAGCCCAGCGCGGCCCGUGACGGCCGCACGGCCCCGCAGUCCCGGCCGCCAUCACACCCUCUCGGGGAUGCCGUGCGGCUCCGCCCCGCGCGGGACGAGGGCUCCGCCCCUGGGCCGCCUUCCUUCCGGCGGCCGCAGCAGCGCUCCCGCCUCUUCCCUCACAGCGCGCUCAGGCCGGCAGCAGCGACCCUACGCAGCCAUGAGUGAGGCAGAAGUGAAUCCCAAAGCUUACCCACUGGCUGAUGCACAGCUCACCAAAACACUGCUGGAUCUUGUGCAGCAAUCCUGCAACUAUAAGCAGYUACGCAAGGGGGCCAAUGAAGCCACCAAAACACUGAACAGAGGGAUAGCAGAGUUCAUUGUGAUGGCAGCUGAUGCGGAGCCCUUGGAGAUCAUCCUGCACCUCCCUCUUCUCUGUGAGGACAAGAAUGUACCUUAUGUGUUUGUGCGCUCCAAGCAAGCCCUGGGCCGGGCAUGUGGUGUUUCCCGGCCAGUCAUCGCCUGUUCCAUCACCAUCAAGGAGGGAUCACAGCUAAAGCCUCAGAUCCAGUCUGUACAGCAAGCUAUAGAAAGACUGUUGGUCUGAGUGCCCACGACURUAAGCGUGUGUGAAAUAGAAAAAUGUAAAUUAGGGGAAAUCAGUGUUCAGCUUCAAUUGAGAUGAUAGUUUUGAUAUCAAUGUUUCAUUUCAAAAUGCCACAUUUUUGUUUAAUAAUGGCAUAGUUCUUAGUGUUUCUGCCUCUUGUGCCCCCACUUUUSUAUUAUUCCUGUCCAACACAUGCAUUCUUACUGUAUUACUUCUUGAAAAGUGACUGUAGAAUCGUGUUUCCUGUUUUAUGUUUAAAAGAAAGACAAAAAAAAAUGGUCCCAUCCUUGUCUUCCUAUCUGCCUGCUCAGGGCUUUUUUAACCCACCUGUCAGCUUUCUCUGUGUUGCAGUAUUUCUGCUAAGUUGCAGCCUCCAGCAGGUGUGAGCAACUGUGUUUUUGAAAGGUUUAGACUACUGAGGAAAAUGUUCCCCCUGUUCAGGCUGCUGGAGACAUUAAGUGAUGGAGCAGCAUAGGCUGGGUGUAAGGCAGGCAGCAGCUACUGUGUAGCAGGAGAUGGAGUUAAGAUCAGCACGGGUAACACAGUGCUUGUUCUUGAAACCAGACAAGAGACUUCUGUAAGAGAUGCACAGGGAGUAGAAAUCUUACGGCAGUACACAAGGGGAGCUCCCUUACCUUGAUUAUUUUUUAAUACUGACUUUCUAAGAAAAAAAUAAAAAUGCUGCAAAGCUAAAUAGAAUUGUCAUUUCCUUGGUGAAGCAUUUGCAACUAACUGGAGUGAUUCUGCAUGUAAAGCUAAACUGCUCAGAGGUUGCCUAAAGGCUAUUGGAGUGCAGUAAUCUGUACUCCUUCAGUUUUCUUUGCAUGGACUGUUAUCACUGAAGCUGGGCUUCCUCGGGAAGUUAAGUACAAAACACAUGGCAGAGAGCAGCCUGUUGUGUCUGACAAGUACCAGACAUCUGGCUGUUAAUUAUAAAAAGUAUGUCAUGCUUUUUAGCUACUUCACUGUAGUCACCUGACUGAAGAUGAACCCUUUUAAGUCAUGGCCAAGGAAACAGAGGACAAGUAAUUUUUCAGAUAAAUUAACCUCUGUCUUGAGGAUGCUGUUAUCAUUUCAUGUUCUAGAAAAGCAUGGGGCACCAACAGCAGUCUGGAUUAGUGGUAUUUUUAUGGACCUAGUUUUAGUUAAAGGCAUUGUAUAAGAAAUCUAUUACUUGCUCUGAGCAGAGAAGUCUAAACCCCUGUGUUGGAAUAUCAAACCUGUUUCCUAUUGCAGGAUGCCAAAGCAAACUUGUGUGGAAACACCAUUAGGUGCAAUAGCAGAAGGGAAAAUAAAUUUUCCUGUAAUUUUUCACAGAGGACUAACUUCAUACCUUUAGUCAGUACAUCCCGAGCAGAUGAAGUCAGCUGAUGAAAAGACUGAAGACAUGAUGUUUGUAUGUUUUUGUAAAUGGCUGAUAACAGUAAUCCUUGCUGAAGUGAACUUCAUACAAAUACUCAAGUCCUUUUAUUUGUAUGCGGUUUAGAAGGGUUCCUGUUCCCUUCUACUGCUGCUGACUGUUGAGCUAGUUGUGUUUAGAACAACAGAUUUGCUGAGGAUUUGCCCUAUURUACUAAGACAGCUGAUGUAAGAGAAAGCAUAAGGAGCAGAAAUAAAGGAUACUUGAGCAAGCAAAA